AUGUGUGUGGGAGAGAGCGGCUGCAUUUGCAUUGCCUCGUGCGAAUUAUCCAGUCGUGAUGACAAUAUUGUGGACAACUGGUGCAUCCCAGCGCUCGACGGGUCGCAGUUCCGGUUGGUAGCGGGGCUGAUCGCCGGAACUAUCGGACUUUUUGUCGUUGCGACGGUCCUCACUAAGCGCCAGCUCGCGCGUCGACAGCGGCAAGAUGUUGAAGACCGCGAGGCACGUGACGCCGCGCGUGCGGCUCUGCGUGAAUCGCGUCGCCCUGCGGGCUUAGCUCACUUGCCGCAGCUGAGCUUGUCGGGCUGGUCAGAUAUGCGCGAGAAACUCGUCUCCAGCGAGCAGAGUCGCCUGGCGGGCGAGAGUGCAACACCGAAGCCGACUCUGACACGGACAUCAACUGCGCUACCUGCCGCUACUGUCGAAGAAGGCGACGGGUAUCGGCCGAUGUCACCUAGCGAGCACCCUUCGCGCCGGGAGUUGUAG